GGAGGAGCAGGUGGCUGCAGUGCUGCCUGGGCCCCUGGCUUCCUGUGUACGCUCCUGCCGGCUGCUUUUUCCCGCCAGAGUUCAUUGGGCCGUCCCAGCCCUAUGGCUCAGACCCCAGACGGCAUAUCCUGUGAACUGCGAGGCGAGAUCACCAGGUUCCUGUGGCCCAAGGAGGCGGAGCUGCUGUUGAAGACCUGGCUUCCCCAGGAGGGUGCUGGGCAGAGUCAUAUCCUGGCACUGCUUCGAUGGAGGGCAUAUUUGCUGCACACCUGCCUUCCCCUGAGGGUGGACUGCACAUUCAGCUACCUGGAGGUCCAGGCUAUGGCUCUGCAGGAAACACCUCCUCGGGUCACCUUUGAGCUAGAGUCCUUGCCUAAACUGGUCCUGGAGUUUCCUGGUGUGGCUGCCCUAGAACAGCUGGCUCAGCACGUGGCUGCUGCCAUCAAAAAGGUCUUCCCUCGCUCAACCCUUGGGAAGCUAUUCCGGAAGCCCACACCCUCGUCGCUGCUGGCUAGACUGGAGAGAAGCCAUGCCUUAGAGUCCACAGUACCCAGCAGUCCGUGUGGUGGCUUCUUGGAGACAUAUGAAGCUCUGUGCGACUACAAUGGCUUCCCAUUCCGAGAGGAGAUUCAGUGGGAUGUGGACACUAUUUACAAUCGCCAGGGCUGCCGCCAUUUCUGUCUUGGAGAUUUCAGCCACCUUGGCAGCCGAGACCUGGCCUUAAGUGUAGCUGCCUUAUCUUAUAACCUGUGGUUCCGGCGCCUCUCCUGCAUGGACCUUAAGCUGAGCCUGGAGGUCUCGGAACAAAUUCUGCACAUGACUAGUCAAUCUUCCUAUUUGGAGGAGCUGGUACUGGAGACCUGCGGUCUGAGAGGAGACUUCGUUAGACGGCUAGCCCAGGCACUGGCGGGACAUUUUAAUUCUGGCCUUCGGGAGCUCAGCCUGUCUGGGAACUUGCUGGAUGACAGAGGUAUGGCUGCACUCAGCAGACACCUAGAGCAUUGUCCAGGAGCCUUGAGGAGACUCAACCUAGCACAGACAGGGUUGACACCUCGAGGAAUGAGAGCUCUAGGCAGGGCACUGGCAACGAAUGCCACUUUUGACUCUACUCUGACCCACCUGGAUCUUUCUGGGAACCCGGGGGCACUGGGAGCCUCACAGGAUAGUGGGGGCCUGUAUACUUUCCUGAGCCGGCCUAACGUUCUGGCGUAUUUGAAUCUUGCAGCCACUGAUACCUCUCUAGGCACGGUGAGAGUGUGGUCAUGGGUGAUGUUUGGUAGGGCUUGGCUGCGCCAGAGCAGGGUAGGAUGCAGAGCAGAGUGUAGCAGAGAAACCCAGGGCUUCCGGAAGGUUGUCACUAAUACCAUCUUCCCUCAGCUCUUCACGGCGUUAUCUGGUGGCUGCUGCUCCAGCCUCACCCAUCUCGAAGCUUCAAGGAAUAUCUUCUCUCGCACGAAGUCCCAAGCGGCACCAGCCGCGCUGCAACGCUUCCUUGGAGGUGCCAGGAUGCUGCGGCACCUGGGCCUGGCCGGCUGCAAGCUGCCACCCGAAGCGCUCAGAGCCCUUCUAGAUGGUCUCGUGCUCAACACUCAGAUCCGUGACCUGCACCUAGAUCUCAGCGCAUGUGAGCUGCGCUCUGUGGGUGCCCAGGUGAUACAAGACUUAGUUUGUGAUGCAGGCGCUUUGAGUUCCUUGGAUCUGUCGGAUAAUGGUUUUGGCUCUGACAUGGUGACUCUCGUGCUUGCCAUUGGGAGGAGCCGGUCUCUGAAACAUGUGGCCCUUGGAAGGAACUUCAACGUUCGGUGCAAGGAGACUCUGGAUGACGUCCUGCACCGGAUAGUCCAGCUCAUGCAGGAUGAUGACUGUCCUUUGCAGUCUCUAUCAGUGGCUGAGUCGCGGUUGAAGCAGGGUGCCAGUGUCCUGAUCCGGGCUUUGGGCAGCAAUCCUAAACUGACAGUCCUGGAUAUCAGUGGCAAUGCCAUAGGGGAUGCUGGUGCCAAGAUGCUAGCCAAGGCUCUACGAGUCAACACCAGGCUACGGUCUGUGAUCUGGGACCGAAACAACACAUCUGCUCUGGGCCUGCUGGAUGUGGCGCAAGCCCUGGAACAGAACCACAGCCUGAAGUCCAUGCCGCUGCCGUUGAAUGAUGUAACACAGGCGCAUCGCAACCGGCCAGAACUGACAGCUCGAGCAGUCCAUCAGAUCCAAGCCUGUCUCUGGAGGAACAAUCGGGCAGACUCUACUUCUGACCUCAAGCCCUGCCUUCAGCCCUUGGGUCUGAUCUCAGACCACUCAGAGCAGGAGGUGAAUGAGCUAUGCCAGUCAGUACAGGAGCAUGUGGAGCUGCUGGGCUGCGAGGCUGGGCCCCAGGGUGAGGUUGCUGUGCACCAGGCUGAGGAUGCCAUCCAGAAUGCCAACUUCUCUCUCAGUAUCCUUCCUGUUCUGUAUGAGGCUGGGAGCUCUCCAAACCAUCACUGGCAGCUGCAACAAAAGCUGGAAGGUCUCUUGGGUCAGGUGGGCGAGAUCUGCCGCCAGGACAUCCAGGAUUUCACUCAGACCACACUGGAUACCACAAGGAGCCUCUGCCCACAGAUGUUGCAGAGACCUGGCUGGAGGAAGCAACUAGAGGGAGUGUUGGUGGGUUCCGGGGGCAUUCCAGAACUGCUUCCAGAACAUCUGCUGCAAGAUGCCUUCACUAGGCUGAGGGAUAUGCGCCUGUCAAUCACAGGGACCCUAGCAGAGAGCAUUGUGGCUCAGGCUCUUGCAGGUCUUCAUGCAGCUCGAGAUCGACUGGUGGAGAGCCUAGCUCAGCAGGCACCAGUGACAGUGGCCCCUGCUGUACCACCAGUGGGUGGAGAUGACCUCAGCCCCCUCGAGCCUGGGGGAUUGGAAGAGCUUUUCUUUCCCACUGAGGAGGAAGAGGAGAAAGAAAAAGAUGAUGGUUCUUCAUGGAAAUGGCUUGAGCCCGGUAAUUGUUUUCAUCUGGUCCCCUCCCUUCAUGGUGCUGCUGAGGAAGCAGAACGGGACCCCGAGCUGGCAGCUCCGGGGGAAGAUGCGGAGCCGCAGGCUGGGCCGUCUGCACGCGGCUCUCCAAGCCCCGCCGCCCCGGGGCCACCCGCCGGCCCUCUGCCUCGCAUGGACCUGCCACCCGCCGGGCAACCCCUACGCCAUCCGACCCGAGCCCGGCCGAGGCCACGUCGCCAGCACCACCACCGCCCGCCGCCGGGGGGCCCCCAGGUGCCCCCAGCCCUGCUUCAAGAAGGGAAUGGGCUCACUGCGCGUGUGGAUGAGGGUGUGGAGGAAUUCUUCUCCAAAAGGCUGAUCCAGCAGGAUCGCCUCUGGGCCCCAGAGGAGGAUCCAGCCACUGAGGGUGGUACCACUCCUGUUCCCCGCACACUUCGAAAGAAGCUGGGUACCCUCUUUGCCUUUAAGAAACCUCGUUCAACAAGGGGUCCACGACCUGAUUUAGAGACCAGCCCUGGAGCAGCAGCUCGUGCCAGAAAAACCACACUUGGGGAUCUGCUUCGACCACCAGCCCGUCCAGGCCGUGGUGAGGAGCCUGGAGGGGCAGAAGGCGGCAUCAGCAGCCCUGACCCUGCUCGCAGAAAUCGGCCUCGAUACACACGGGAAAGCAAGGCCUAUUCCAUGAUACUGCUACCUGCUGAGGAGGAAGCAGCAGUGGGUGCCAGACCUGAUAAGAGGCGGCCUCUGGAACGGGGAGAGACAGAACUGGCUCCGUCUUUUGAGCAGCGGGUACAAGUGAUGCUGCAGAGAAUCGGUGUGAGCAGGGGCAGCGGGGGUGCCGAAAACAAGAGGAAGCAAAGCAAAGAGGGAGAGAUCAAGAAGGCAGGCUCUGAUGGUGACAUCAUGGAUAGUUCCACAGAGACCCCUCCCAUCUCAAUCAAGUCCCGUACCCACUCUGUGUCUGCUGAUCCCUCAUGUAGACCUGGGCCAGGGGGCCAGGGGCCCGAGUCUGCCACUUGGAAGACACUGGGGCAGCAGCUGAAUGCAGAGCUCAGAGGCCGUGGCUGGGGCCAACAGGAUGGUCCAGGGCCCCCCUCCCCAUGUCCCAGCCCAAGUCCCCGAAGAACCAGCCCCGCCCCAGACAUCUUGAGUCUCCCAGAGGACCCCUGCUUGGGGCCUAGGAAUGAAGAUGGCCAGCUGAGGCCGAGGCCCCUCUCGGCAGGCCGGCGAGCAGUGUCUGUGCAUGAGGACCAGCUCCAGGCCCCUGCGGAAAGGCCCCUUCGGCUGCAGCGUUCUCCUGUCCUCAAGCGUAGGCCGAAGCUCGAGGCACCCCCAUCCCCAAGCUUAGGCUCUGGCCUUGGAACCAAGCCUCUUCUUCCGUACCCCACAGAACCCUCCAGCCCUGAGCGGAGCCCUCCCUCCCCAGCCACAGACCAAAGAGGCGGCGGCCCCAACCCCUGAUCCUCUCUUCUCCUGCCGCAUGAAAUUAUUUUAUUAAAAAAUUUGAAUGAAA